AUGGCCCCUAAGAAGCAGAAGAAAGCCAAACCCAAGAAUCAUUCGCAUGUGGACAAGAAGCAUCAAUGUCCAGUAUGCAAGAAUCGGAAUUUCAACACAGACCAGGGUUUAAACGACCAUAUCAGAAACACACAUGGCAUAUUCUCAUGCCCGAAGUGUGAUACCAUGUUUGCAGAUGCAGUUGAUUUAUCUCGGCAUAGAACUGAAGUCGGACACAGCACCUUGUCAUUCAAAGAGAAGAGAAACAUCAGACGCGGAAAGUUGAGUGUGACAGCAAAACCAGCAUUCCCUCCUUCCUCAGCAGCAAACCCCUCAUCAGCCCUACCUCGUCCAUCAACUGCUGAUGCGCGUACCUCGACUCUUGAAACACAUCAAUCACCCAUGCGCGUCUAUGCUUCUUCAGUCGCAUCAGCAAGCCCCUCACCAGCCCUAGCUCGUCCAUCAACUGCUGGUGCCCAUACUCCACCUCUUGAAACACAUCAAGCACCAAUGCGUAUCUAUCCGGCGGCCGAUGAGGCGCGUCAAGCGCGCGCUCAGGUGUUCCAACCACCCACUCAAGCCUCACAGCCGGCUGAGCAGUUCAAUCAAGCACGCGGUCAAAACAUCCAAUCGCACACUCAGGUCUCUCACCCACCAGUGGAGACUUCUCAGGUCCCAGCAGAUGUCUACCAACCAGUGCCUCUAGUCCUCCAACAGCACCCCCAAGUCCUUCAGCCUUGGGCCCAAGUCUUCCAACCGCGGAGUCAAGACAUUCAACAGCUAGUGGAGGUAGUUCAAACCCCAGCAGACAUCUAUCAAGCAUCCGCUUCAGCAUACCAAGCACUUCCUCAGGUCUUUCAAGCUCCUGUCCAGUUCAUUCAACCUUCAGUGGGGUACCAAGCACCCCCUCAGGGCUAUCAGACACCCGCCCAAGUGCAUCAUGCAGUCACUCGUGACUUUCAGUUCCAGCCUCUAGUUCAGGGCUUUUGGGGCUCAAUUCAGGACCCUUUGCUCUCGGUCCAUGGCUCCCAGUCCUCAGUUCACGGCUCUCACUCAGAGCAGCACUCUCAGUCCCUAAUUCAGGGUUCUCAGUCUGCAGAACAAGCCUCUCAGGUUUCGGGAAAUGACCUUCAGCAAGCUCAGGAGAUAUCUCAAUCCCUGCCAGCGGUCACUUCAGAGACGCAGCAGAUUUCUCAGUCCCCAAUGUACGUAUCCGCCCGCGAUGUCACCACAGCCAACACAAACGACACGGAUGGAAUCAUGCGCUCCAGCGCCGAGACAAAGACCACAGAACCCUUCCAUUCCGUCGAUCAAACACCACCCCAGACCUUCUCACUCGUCUAUGGCGAUAUGAAGCACCGCUGGACAAACCUCGAAACAGUUGAGCAAGCCUUGCUCCUGAAGUACCUCCUCGGUCGAUGCCACCCCUCUCAACGUCUGCAAAUCCAGGGCUACAAUUGCCCAGACAACAUCGACACAACCGCGUGUCUGAAGCGUGGCACACCGCAUCUGGCCCACAAUUUCACGCGCUGCUCAACCGGCCGAAAGGCAAUCGUCAUCGACUGCGAAAUGGUCGAAACAAAGGGCAACACCACCCAGCUAGCUUUCAUCACUGCGGUCGACUUCCUCACCGGUGAAGUACUGAUCCACAGCUACGUCGCACCAACCGCUAAGGUGACAGACUGGCUUACUUCAGUCAGCGGUAUCACGCCCGCCGGAAUGGAGACCGCCAUCGCAGAGAAAAAGGCAUUCACUUCUCACCAUGACGCACGUCGCGCGCUGAAGGAAUUCCUGGAUUGUGACACUGUGCUUAUCGGCCAUGCUCUUCAGCACGACAUGUGGGCCUUACAGCUGGUUCACGGCCGGGUUGUGGACACGUCUAUUCUGACCGCCGAGGCUGUUUUCCCUAAUAUCUCAAGUAGGAAUGCGCUCCCACGUGUUUACGGGUUGAAGAAUCUUGCGCGGGAUUUGCUGGGUGUGCAAAUCCAAGCCAAUCCGGCUGGCCAUAAUUCUCUUGAGGAUGCGCUAGCAACCCGUGAGAUCUUGAUCUGGUGCUUGCGUGGACCAGAGUGUCUCCGGGUGUGGUCAGAAAGGGCUCGUCUCCAACACGACCAGCAGCGACAACAAAGAGCACACCAGAGGAAGCUGUCGAGGAAUUCGGGGAAGAAAUCUCGUGGUGCCACGCCGGCCAAGUCGCAAGCCAAGAAGCCCGCUGGAAACUGA